AUGGCGCCCAUUCUCACCUCCAGCCCAACUCUCCGCAUCACCCCCGAACCCUUCACCAAAGAGGCCUUCGCCCCCUUCGGCACCGCCAUCAGCUGUCCUCUACCACGCGAUCUCUCCUCCGCGCCUCCUCUCUCCUCUCUCCCUCCUCACGAUCCCGCUCCAGUCGUCGCGAACCAAUCCUCCGCCCUCAAGUACAGCCCCAUCUCCCCACUGCUCGACCGCUACCCGCAAUGUCCCAGCGGCCAGCCCUCCUCCGCCCGCAUGAGCAUGUUCUCGUGCUUCCCGCGCAAACUGCGCGCCGCCCAAGCAACAGGAGGGGAGUCUAGCGUGUUCGACGUCCGCAUCCUGGAGCGACACCCCUUCACCACGCAGACAUUCACACCUAUCGACCUCUCCAGCCAGACCCGCGCGGGCGAUGCGGAGGAACCAUUCUACCUGGUUGUCGUGGCGCCGACGUUGAAGGGCCAGACGGCGAGGGCGACUACGCCUUCGGGGGACACCGUCACGAUCAGGGAUCCCCCCGACUUGAACAAUGCGCGGGCGUUUGUGGCGAGGGGUGGGCAGGCGGUGACGUAUGGGGUUGGGACGUGGCAUGCGCCGAUGGUGGUGCUGGGUUCCAGGCGGGUGGAUUUUGUGGUUGUUCAGUUUGUCAAUGGUGUGGAUGAUGAGGAUGUGCAGGAGGCUGCGUUUGGGGAAGGGAUUGUGGUUGAUUUGGGGAAGAGUCGGACGUUGGGCGCUUCCAAGCUCUAA